UCUCUCUCUCUCAUCUCUGACUCUCUCGUCUCUCCAUCUCUCUCUCUCUCUCAAUGUGUGUCUCUCAUUUUGGGCUAAAACGUACCCACGAAGUACCCAAGACGUACCGACGGAGUACCCUUGCCGUACCCGAAGAUACCAAAAGUACCCGGUAUGAUUUUGCCGUACCGACGCCUUGUACUUUGCAGUUUGCAGGCAUGGUUCGAAAGACGAUGUUUGAUAAGGCCUUUGAUUUCGUGGACCGUGUUGUUCAACCCGCGCUUACGAUGGCAUUUUUCUUUACUCUGGCUCUCGGUGUGGCUUGCGAUAUAUCGGCCAAACGGCGGGAGGAAAGAUUGAAUGGGUAUGACUAUGAGAAAAGAUUGGAUGGGUAUGACUCCUUAACUUUCUCCGUUUCUUAUAAUUUUUGAUUGUGUGGAACCUACUUAUAGUUGAAGCAAUAAUCAUUCCUUGGGGAGAGUUGUCUUGCGCCUCUAGGUAUUCUCUACCUACCCACUUGUGUUGGUUUUGGGUACAGGUACCCUUUUGUUGAAGGUCAUUCGAGCUUUUCCUGGGAGUAUGUUAUAUAGGUCGUUUUCCUGGGAGUAUGUUAUAGGUCGUUUUUCACACCAAAAAUAAAUAAGUAAAACUGAGCAAAAUCUCAAUUCAAAUAGAAUAGCGGUUAUGUCCAGGUAUCGUACCACGGGGAUAAAGAGGCUAAGUUAUUGUAUCUUGAAAAUCAAUUCCUAAUUUAAUUCAAGAAAGAGCGAUUGGAAUUUGUUUAACUAAAACUAUCAAAAUAAUUAAAAGCAGAAAAGAUGGUGAAUUAAAUAUUUGGAAAAGUUCUUAGGGUUUCGAAUCCACACUAACUUUGUAACAAAGUGAUUAUAUCGAUUUUAGGAAACCAAUUACCAGAACGACAAUGAUUUGCCAGAAGCUACAAGCCCUAACGAUAUCGCCAAGAAGAUAACAUGCAAUUGAAAACUGGGCAUAAGCUAUCUUCGGUUGGCACGAAUCGUCUUCAAUUCUAAAAUUAAUCUAGGCACGACUCGUCUUCCCUAAGCAUAGAUUAUCACAAUUCUCAAUUUCAUACACAAGAAUACCAUUGCAUACCUAUGUAUUUGCAAUCACAGAAAACAAGUCUCAAUGUUAUGCAACCAUCGUUCUGGUAAUCUAAAUCCAAAACCAACAUAAAAACAUAGUUACUUGGUUAGGGUUUCAUCUACACCCUAAGAAAGAGGAUUAGUUGCUCAUGGCUCGGAGAAGAGAAUCAAAAGCUGCUGCCGUUCCACGUCUUCGUCCAAUUCUUUUCCACGGCAAAAGCUGCCUCCGAAGUCAGUUUUUCACUGACUUAUAUAGAAGUAGGGCUUUAGUGCACUAAUAACAUAAAGGCCCCUUGGACUUUUUGAGGUGAUAAAUUAACAUCCAACUUUCAAGCCCUUUGCACUUUAACCCCAACUCUUCUUUUAACGUAUGUUUUAAUCCAAAAUCAUGGCCAGUGAGCUCAAGCAACCUAUAAACACAAAAUAACAGAAAUAAAUAUCAAUUAACUAAAAUGAAAGACUAGUAAAUGUAGUUUGGAGGGCCAAAAUAUACCAAAAUAGGUAUAUUUUGGCACUUAUCAGUAUGGCAUGGGUUACUUUAGCGCCUGGUACUCGAACAUUGGCUCGAGGCAUUUUCUCUAGCCCUUCGUACAAGGUCACCUUGCGUCCUUGAACCGAUAACCAUCUUUCGGCUAACCUAGCCUCCUCUGUCCCUUGGGACCAACAAGGGGUAGUAUAGGAAUAUUCACAUGUUGUCCAUCGACUACGCCUUUUUGUUUGAUCUUAGGCACUACUCACCUUCCAUGGACAAACCUUGCGGAGGAACCCUUAGGUUUUCGGGGUACAUUGCAGUAGCUAGUCCUACUUUUAAGGUAUCUUUAUUGAUUUUACUUCUUAUAUAGAGUAUGGAAAAUUAAAACUUCAAAGGCUUACACCUCAACGCCAUGAGGGUUAUGCCUCACCUUGCCCUUUCGCCUCUGAAACCUUUUGCAUAACCUUCGGGUUUAUUUUGAGAAGUGGAUCAUAACUCUUGCUUUCUUAAUCCUAUAUUUUUCAUGGGAUGUGAUUUGUCCAAUCUAAUGGUAUACAUCUUUUCUCCUUGAGCUUUUUGGGAUGCAUGGUCCAUAUAAUGUUUUGCUGCUUUUGCAUAUCAAAAUUGUAGUUAGUAUGGUUGUACUCCCUUGGUAUUUUAGGCAUGAGUGAGUAUAGGUAGCUAUUUUCGAAGAUGCUAAAGUUUUUUUUUUUUUGGUAAGUAUGAUUCCAUUAAAAAGCCCUAACCAAACAAACAAUGUCAAGGAGACUCUCUUGACUAUACAACUAUACUCCUUUCAGAGGAGAAUUACAAACUAUGAAGGAAAGGAAAAGAAUUGAUAACCUAUACAAAUCAAAUCUAAAACCAACUCCUAUCCAGAGAACACAACUACAACUUCAACCAAGCACCAGCAUCUAGAUGCACCACUCAUCCUACUACUGCAAAAUGUAGCGUUCAGCCAACCUCCAGUUAGCACACAGACCUUUAUUUUCUGUGGAAGCCUUCACGCUUCUCAAAGAGCUAACGAAGUCUCUUAUAGAGCUUAGAAUCUGCGGCACAACUUGAUCACUAGCCACAUUUUUUUGUUGAAAAACUCUCAUAUUUUUUUCCCUCCAAACAAAGUAAACAGUAGCAGCUAAAGAACAUUUCAAAAUUUUACUCUUGAAACUAUUGCCCUUAACUGAUUGGACAAACCACUCCAACAAAGCAGCCAAGGUAAUUGGUACUCUAGUAGAAGAAGACUUACUCCAUACUCUAGCCCACACAGAUGCAGAGUAAGAGCAUUCAAAAAAUAAAUGUCGAUGUGUUUCCUUCUCACAGCCACACAAAGGACAUAUCUCAUCCACAUGCACUCCCCAUUGGUGCAAUUUGUCUUUGGUACUUAACUUUUCUUGAGCAGCCAGCCAAACAAUGAAAGCUCAUCUUGGAACAUUCUUAGAAAACCACACCACUUGUGUCCAAGGAUGAUAAGAAUAUUUUGUUCUCACAGCCUCCCAAGCAGACCUAGCAGAGUAAAGUCAGUUAGAACUAGGAAGUCAAAACACCAAAUCAUCAGUAGAACAAUCAGGGUGGAAAGUUGCAGGAGUGUGGUGAAUUAUAGACUGAGUGAUUCUAUUUCUGGAUCUCGGCCACCUCCAACGACCUUGAUGAAUGAUAGAAGAGACUCUAGCAUGCAGAGAAGUACCAAGGUUAUAAACCACUUCAUCACCAAAUCUUUUGUAUAACGGCCCCAAAGGAUGCCAGUUAUCAAUCCAAAGGAAAGUAGACAAACCAUUGCCCACUUUGUAUUGGAUUAACGAUUGGCCAAGACUCCUAAGUCCAAAUAUCUUUUGUAUAGUCCAAGAGGAGUCUCUAGGGGUAUCCAUAUUCCACAAGCUCAGAUUUUUUAUGAUGUAGGUAUGCACCCAUUUGACCCAGAGAGAAUCAGCCUUCUUUGCAAGAGCCCAGAGAUGCCUAAGCAUGGUAGCCUUAUUCCACUCUUUAAUCUUUCUUGAGCCAAGACCACCCUCCAUCUUAGGCCUGCAAACAUGCUCCCACUUCACCUUUGCCCAAGUAUGUCUCAUCUCAGCUCCAGACCAAAGGAAGGCCAUCAAGGAAGAUUCAAUUUCCUUGAUAACCUUGCUAGGAAUGAUGAAAAUAGAAGACUAAUAAACUUGUACGGAAAAUAAGACAGUUUGAAUCAACUGAACUCUACCAGCAUAGGUAAGUUUUUGAUUAGACCAUCCAUGGAUAUGCUUCAAAAUUUUCUCCUUCAAAACAUCACAAUCAGCAGAUUUCAAUCUUGCAGAAAUUAAUGGAACACCCAGAUAUCUAACAGGUAGUGUAGCUUCUGGAAUUGGAAGAACAAUACCCAACUCCUCCUUGAAUUGCAAAUCGACCCCAGCA